GCGAAAACUCUGGGACAUGGACGUCAACGUCUGUCGUCCGCGCAGGGACCGCGUGACUGAAGCAAAGAGAACGACGUAUGAUGCAUGCCCCCUUUCCCAUCGCCUUUAGUAGCCUGCGUCCCCGUCUUAGUGCUACUCUUUCGUAGCUUCCACACCCACUUACACCAACCACUGCCUACUCUCUCACACACACAUAGCGAACAAACGAGUUGACGAGUUCACGAUUCCCCGGAGCAUAUCAUAGCGGCAUCGAGCGAUACAAUAUCCAUCCAGAAGCGUAUCCAAAGUAAACAAGAAUCACCAACCCAACCCGAACCAACCACCCAAAAUGCCUUCCGUCCUAGGUCUCACAACAGACCCCUCUCCCCACGGCCCCGGCGCCGAACAAAAGCAAAAGAAGAAGAAGCCCCAAUUCUCCGGCAUCGCCGACGACGCAAACCUCGAAGGCAAACAACUAGCCCGCCGCGAGAAGAAGCCCGAAGAAGCCGGCUCCCCCGACGGCGUCGAAAAGAAGAAGAAGAAGAAGAAGUCGAGCAAAUCCAAAAAGGAAAAGAAGGAGUCGAGCGGCCCCAGACAGAUGCGCCACUACUCCACCGACGAAGAAGACGACUCGGAAGAAGAAGGACCCCUCAACACGAUCAAGCUCCGCAACCACGCCAAGGCGAUCGAGAUGGAGACGCUCCUCUGGGGCGCCCUCUGCCACAAGCCCAAGAGCGCCCUCAAGUACAUUGGCAAGGGCGCCAUCAUGUGCAACCCGCUCCUCUUUGGCGACGCCGAGGUCUACUCGGAGCGCUCCGAGCCCACCCUCAAGGAGAUGCUCAAGGAGCACGCUGACCCGCCCAUGAGCUUCAAGAUGCACAAGCCCCACGUCUGCGAGGUCGGCCUCAUGGCCAUGUCCAUCUGCUGCGACGUUACCAUCUUCCGCAUGAAUGACAACAACGAGCUCGAGGCCGAGGAAUGUCAGAUCUCGUCUAGCUGGAGGCAAGUUGCGAGCGGAGACUGGGAGAUGGCGAGCUCCAUGGCCGGAUGGCAGGAGUAAAGAGAUCUGGUUUGUCUGACUUUCUAGAACCAAGCGAGCAGCGGUGGAUGGCGUCACUGAGGUUGUUGUUGUACUAGUUCAUCUUUUUCUUUUUCCAUCUCAUACUUGUACGGCGUCGAUGUAUAACGAUUCUAUCUUCAAUGUAAUGUACUACGGCCUGCAUGAAUUGACUAUCUGCAUUGUUCGAUGUUCCAUACGACUAGUCCCUCCUCAGCUAUUCCUUUGAAUUCUUUCAAAUCAUGAGAAUCAAGUCCCCCAUUGUCCCAUGUCCGAGCGGCACCAAGGCCGAAUGCUUUUCGCUUCUAUUUCUAUUUUCCCAAUGCUUUCUGUCCCUUGACUUUCCGAACUCAAGCCUUGCCUGAACUGCGACUCUUGAAAUCAUUCUUCGGAACCCUGAC